AUGCUUGGAAGAUCCAUUCUAUGUGCGGCUUUUGCUGCAAUUGCAAAUGCUGAUGAGUCUUUUCCUCCAACUGAUUUGGCAUCAUACACUGAUGCUUCACACCUCAUUUCUGCAGCCAACAAGAAUCCAUAUUUAAAAACUUACUACUCUGAGGUAUACGGUAAAAACUGGGAAGGGGCAAUUAAAAAGAUCUAUUAUUAUACUACGUACUACUAUACAAAUUACUAUACGGAUUACCUUAAUUAUUAUACGGAUUAUCUUGAUUAUUAUACCUAUUAUACUGACUACUACGGUAGUUAUUACUAUACUUAUGAUACCGAAUCUUAUCUUGCUUAUGUUGGAUCCCUCUAUAAAACAACUUUCACUGAUUACAGUGCCUAUCUUGCAUACGAUUACAGUUACAGUUACAGCUACAGCAGCAGCUAUGAUACCGAAUCUCGUCUUUCCUAUGUCAGAUCUCUUUAUGAAACAUCGUUUGCUGACUACAGUGCUUAUCUAGCAUACGUAUCCACCUACACCUACAGUUACAGCUUUGACACAUCAUCCUAUUAUAGUUACUAUUCUCUGUUAUACGGAACGGAUUCCGCAGCAUAUUCCUCAAGAAUUAGCGAGUUCGAGGCCACUGCUUCUCCAGCUGGAGGAACUGGCUCAAAUAGCGUUGCCGCUUUCACGACCUUCCUAAGCUCAGCAGAUGGGUCUACGACAGAAACAGCUUCUACCACAGAAAUUAAUGAAAGCUCCACAUCAAAAUCAAGUACCUCAACUAGCUCACUUUCCAGUAGCUCAUUACCAAGAAGUGCCGGUGACCCAGCAUCUGGAAGCGCAGCUGGCGGUGCAGGAUCCACAUCAGUUGCAGCAGGUGGUAGUUCAGAUUCCUCAUCAGCUGCAGCCGGCGCGUACUCCGUCGGCGUCCCAUUCUUCGGGCUCUUUGCUGCAUUAAUUGCAGCUUUAUAA